AUGUCGAAGUUGUAUAAGGCGCAAACUCAACAGGGUCACUCGCGUGGAUUCUUUGAGUAUAUCCGCAGUAUUGGUGAGUCCAAAUCAAAGCAGGAGGAAGAUGAGAUUGUAGUUCGUGAUCUUGCCGAUCUAAAGAAAUCCCUCGCUGCAAAAAAUAUUGAUAAACGUUUACUAAAAGAAUAUGUUGUCCGUACCUUUUAUGCGGAGAUGCUUGGACACUCUGCUGAGUUUGCCCAUAUACAAUGUGUAAAUCUUUCCUCCAGUCCUGAUCUCUUAUUUAAACGAACGGGUUAUCUUGGCACUUGGCUUACUGUGGGACCCGAGCAUGAACUCAUGUAUCUCAUCGUCUCUAACUUACAGCGGGAUAUGAAGUCCACUAAUUUUCUUGAUAUCGCCGCUGCCCUCACCGCAGCGAGAAAGAUGCUUCGACCGGAGUUAAUGACGGCUAUUAACGCAGAAGUUGUGUCUUUAUUAAAUCAUCCAAAUGCAUUAGUACGGAAGAAAGUUAUACAAACAAUGCAGGCUUUUUACCGUAAAUCAGAUGGACUUAUUGGAGAUUGUAAAUUGUUUAGACGGGCAUUAUGUGAUCAAGAUCCUUCCGUAAUGGGAGCUGCACUUCAUCUCUUUUCAGAUGUUAUUUAUGCAGAUCCAGUUUCUCAACGUGAUCUUAUUCCAAUAUUUAAAUCUAUUCUCAGACAAAUUACAGAAAAUCGUCUUUCUCGUGAUUAUGAUUAUCAUCGUAUUCCUGCUCCAUGGUUUCAAAUGAAGAUAUUAAAAAUUCUCUCUAUGCUUAUUGGUGAUGAUCAAUUACUUGCAAAUGAAUGUGAAGAUAUACUUACAGAAGUUAUUAAACGAAGUGAUAAUGGAUUAAGUAUUGGUUAUGCUGUUACCUGUGAAGCUAUUAGUGCUAUUACACGUAUUCCCACUAUUCCAUCUCUUAUACAACUGGCUGCAGAAGCUCUUGCAAAGUUUCUAUCAGGAACAAAUGCUAAUAUGCGAUAUGUUGGAAUUCAAGCUCUUUCUCAAAUUGUUCUUGUAGAUGCAAAAUAUGCUCGUGAACAUCAACAAGUCGUAAUGGCAUGUUUAGAAGAUGCGGAUGAAACAAUUCGUCGAAAAACAAUGUUACUCCUUCUUGCUAUGUGUAAUGAAGAUAAUAUUGAUACUAUUUUAAGUAGAUUAGUAAAAUCACUUUCGCAGACAAAAGAUAAAUAUGUGCGACAAGACCUCACAAGGCGAAUAUGUGAUGCGGCAGAACGAUUUAGUCCAGGCGCUAUUUGGUAUAUUGAAACAAUGAAUAAAGUAUUACUCUGUGCAGCUGAACAUGUACCGCAAACUACUAUACAAGGUAUAUUAAAACUUAUCGCCGAAGGUGAAACCGAUGAUGUAACUCAAGAUACAGCUUUACGUGUAUUUUGUGUAGAAAAUUAUUUUGAUCUUCUUGAAAGUACAGAGAAAAAAUUACCCGAAGCAUUUUGUCGAGUAGCAGCGUGGGUAAUUGGUGAAUAUGGAUUUCUCACCAAACGUGUAAGUCGCACCAUGUUAUUAGAUCGUCUUUGUGAUAUGUUGGAACGGGCGGAAAGUGUAUCGACGCGAGAAUGGAUUCUCAUGGCGAUGAUGAAGAUUGUGGCGCAUGUUGGUUAUUUGCCGGAUAACGUGGAGGAACUGGUGGAGCGAUUUAAAAGUAGUAGAGGAGUAGGACUUCAGCAAAGAUGUUAUGAAUUCACAGAACUUGUGAAGAUGCCUGUAUUGAUGAAGAAGGUACUUCCAUUAGAUGGAUGUUGUGAGAAUAUUGAGGUAGAUGAGUCUAUGGGAUUUCUUAAUAAUAUUGUAGAGGAAGCCCUUUUGGCUGGGGCUAAACCGUAUGAAAAGAGAACCUUGCGGUUUGGGGUAAAAGAAGAGGAAACACUUCGCACAGAUGCGUAUAAAGCGCAACGGGCAGAUAUCGUAGAUGAGAGUGAAUUGGAUCCAGAGAAGUUUAACACGGAAGAACCUCAUAAACUUUUUAUUCGUCCAAAUAUAAGACGUUGGGGAGUGAAAAACCUCGAAGAAGAAACAGCAGCAGGAGCAGCAGGAGUAGUAGAAACAGCAGGAAGAGAAGAAGAAAAGUCUUUAAUGAGAUCUACAGAAGAAAUAUCCACAAGUAUGGGAAAAACAGAACAUCUCUCAGAUGGGACGGUUCUUCAUUAUGUGGAUCCACUUAUGCCAUCCCAACGUGAACAUGUGAAACCGAGUAAAAAUGAAAAGUUUUUAAAUGAUAUUUUUGGUGGAUCAUCAAAGAAAAAAACAAUCACACGACGUCAGGUAGAUAUGACGGAACUUACAUUAAGUUCUGCGAAAACAUUAGAAGUGAAUAAUGAACCUAUACUGACUGUAAAGAUGGAACAGGUGAGAGAGACAACUGCUAUGGGGAUUAUCAUUCGAAUUAUAGGAAAAACUACCGUUCAGAAUAUUACUAUUCAUAUAAAACCUCCUUUAAACUGUACACUUCGUAUGAUGGAAUCCUCUAUACCAAUCUCAACAGUAAAUGGGAAUAUGUUUACAUUGGAAAAACUGCAAAGCCAUCAACCUCUCAAUUUAUCAUUACACCUCCUUCCAAUAGCAUUCCCCAGUGAGGGAACUGUACAGGUGGAAGUUACAUAUCGUAGUAGUAGUAGUAGUAGUAACAAUAAUAAUAAUAGUGAUAAUAAUAAUAAUAUGAUGAUGAUGGGUUCUAAUGAUACCCAACGUAUUUCAGCAUCUAUUCCAGUGCGUUUAUAUGAUUUACUGCGACCACCAUUGCAAAUGACAACACAACAGUUUGGUGAGAUAUGGCUGCAACUAAAAGAGGAGUGUAAAGUACAGUUAACAUCCCCUCUAACAUUCACACCAGAACUAUUGCGACAGUUAUUAUUAGAGCGAGCCUCCUUACGUGUAGUGGAAGUCAUUCGCAAUGAAAUCAUUGCAGCGGCAUUAUUGUUGGGAACUUCAACUCCACUGUUGUGUCACGUUGCCGUUGUUGGACCCAAUGCGGCGAAUGUGACGGUUCGGGCAGAAGAUAAGAGUUUUGCGGCAUUAGGGGCACGUGCAAUCUCUGCUUCCUAA